AUGCAGAUUGGACCAAACACAAAUGCAGAGGUCGCUGCUCGACCUCCUCUCUCCUUUAUGCGGCUUCCCAUAGAUCUCCACGUCUAUCUUUUGUCCUACCUAAACUACCGCGAUCUCCAGAUGCUCCGCGCCACAAACACUUACUUUCGCUACCUCGUUUCUGAAACGGAGCUGCGGCGCUCCAAAGCUGCGUAUGUCAAAAUAAUUUACUGGAAAGAAGUCGAGGAGGCAUUGCGGGAGCACAUGAGAAGGCUGAAAUGUGAAGCAUUUGGCACUAUCCCAGCCAAUCCGCCCGAGCGCCUCUAUCUAACAUGUUACACCUGUCUGCGGCUUCUACCAACAGAGGAGUUUGCCGACACACAGGUGACGAGACGGCGGACAUGGGGUCACACUAACGCUUGGAAGAGGUUUUGUACUGAGUGCGCGAUUCGGCAUAACAGAUGGAAACCAGGGACAUUCUUGGGCUUCCAGGGAGGUGAAAAGCUAUAUUGUAGGGGGUGUCAUGUCAUCAAACCCAGCCCGGUCGGUGAAAUUGCAAGAUCGCUCGGCCUUUGUCAAGAUUGUGCCGAUAACACUUCAAUUUCCACUCUUUUCGCCGAUUUACGCGGCGAUUGGUAUGAAAAGAAGACGAUCUGUGAUCAGCUUCUCGCACAGUACGAGCAUCCUGGAAGGACUCUUUCAAAAAACGACUGGGAUGCAUUGUCAAGGGACGUUGCUAAUCUGAAGCUCUCUCAGUAA